AUGUUCCUGGCAGCCCUGUCCUUCGCCUACUUUGCCAAGGCUCUAUCAGGCAGCUAUAUGAAGAGCACAAUUACCCAACUAGAGAGGCGAUUUGACAUCUCCAGUUAUCUGAUCGGCAUCAUAGACGGGAGCUUCGAAGUAGGGAAUUUGCUGGUGAUUGUCUUUGUGAGCUAUUUCGGCGCCAAACUCCACCGACCCAAGAUCAUAGCAAUCGGGUGCAUCUUGAUGUCUUUCGGGACCUUCUUGAUCGCCAUGCCGCAUUUCAUCAUUGGCCGCUAUAAGAUCGAAACGUCCGUUAGAUCUUCAUUGAAUUCCACCAAUAGCCUCUCUCCGUGUCAAGUGAGCUCACCUGAGUCCAUCAGGGCAGGUGACAGACCCUCCAUACUGCCCUCUAAAGGAUGUGUGCGUGAGUCCAGUGUUUCGAUGUGGAUCUACGUGUUUUUGGGGAAUGUCCUGCGCGGGAUUGGAGAGACUCCAGUACAGCCUUUGGGAAUCUCCUACAUUGAUGAUUAUGCACAGUCUGAGAAUGCUGCCCUCUAUAUCGGUUGUGUCCAAACAAUAUCAAUAAUUGGUCCUGUGUUUGGCUACCUGCUGGGAUCGCUUUGUGCCAAAAUCUACGUCGACAUUGGUUAUGUGGACAUGGAGACUGUGACUAUCACGCCCGGGGAUGCCCGCUGGGUGGGGGCAUGGUGGCUGGGCUACCUCAUCACCGGCACCAUCACUCUCAUGUCCGCUGUUCCUUUCUGGUUCCUGGCCAAGUCGCUGCCAAUCCCCGUGGAUAAACACAACACCAGCUGCACUCCAGAGCAAACCCGGUUCAUCAAAGAUUCCCCGACCAUGGAGCACAAGUUCAGACCCGAGGAGCCGGCUAAUUUACAUCAGAUGGUCAAAGAAUUUCUUCCAGCAUUAAAGAGUCUCCUCGGAAAUCCUGUGUACAUCAUCUACUUAUGCGUGACCAUCAUUCAGUUCAACUCUCUCAUCGGGAUGGUCACCUACAAACCCAAGUACAUUGAGCAACACUACGGCCAGUCGGCAUCCAAAGCCAAUUUCCUCAUGGGCACGAUCAACAUCCCGGCCGUGGCCCUCGGGAUGUUCUCCGGAGGGGUCAUCAUGAAGAAGUACAAGCUUGGUAUCAUGGGAGCAGCUAAAUUUGCCUUCGGGACAUCACUGCUGGGCUACUUCCUGUCACUCUUUUUCUUCGCCAUGGGCUGUGAUAACUCCAACGUGGCAGGGAUCACUGUCUCAUACACUGGGGUGGACAAUUUGCCUCAUCAGGAGCGCUCUCUCUUCUCCGACUGUAAUUCGGAGUGCUUGUGCUCCGGAAGGGAGUGGGACCCGGUGUGUGGAGAGAACGGGAUCACCUACGUGUCCCCGUGCUUGGCUGGGUGCACAUCGUCUUCUGGAUCUGGGAGGAACACGGUUUUUGACAAUUGCAGGUGUGUGGCUGCGGCUAACACCCAGCCCGGAAAUCUGACGGUCAGCCUGGGCCAGUGUCCGCGCGGGGACAGCUGUGAAAAAAUCUUCCCAUACUUCCUGGCUCUGUCCGUCCUCAGCUCGUUCAUCAUCUCUCUCGGGGGAACACCAGGCUAUGUGCUGCUCAUCAGAUUAAUUAAACCUGAGCUGAAAUCACUCGCACUGGGGAUCCACACAUUGGCCACACGCACACUCGCUGGAAUACCUGCCCCUAUAUACUUUGGAGCAGUAAUCGACACAACAUGCCUCAAAUGGGGAUACAAGCUGUGUGGAGGAAGAGGAUCAUGCAGAAUAUAUAACACUGCAGCUUACAGGAUAGUGUACCUGGGCCUGGUUCUGGGCUUGAGGACAGUCUCCUUCUUCUUUUGUAUUUUUGGUUUUGCAAUCUUGAAAAGACAUAUUAAGAGGGAGGAAAAAUGCGCCCUGACCAAUGGGAACGCAGAGAUGGAGUCCCUAAGGAAAGAGGAGGACAGCUCCACCCACUGUGAGCAAUUUGUUCUGGCCUUGGACUGCAGUCCUGACAGAGAAACUCGCUUGUGA